UGCGGAGCCCGAUUGUCACUCAGCUCCCGCUCCGGGGGCGACGAAGGCGCUGGCGCCAGAGUGGAGUCUCGGUUAGCUACCAUCCCCCUGGACCUAACAGGCUAGCCCUGGGUUCUCCUGGCAUCUUCUGAGGGAGCGACUGCCCAAGGCUUCGAGAUUUGGGGACACUUGGCUAGACAGUUCAGGUGGCCAGGAGGAGCUCUGACAGCUUUGGUGUGACCUUGGGGCUGCCUAUGUCCCCUCCUUCCCAGGCUGGCAUCCCCACCGCAGGCUUCCUGACCACAGGUGCUGGCCUCGUGCCCCAGGGCGCCUGUCUGCUGAUGUGCCCAGCUCCUGCCCACCAUGCCGCCCUACAUCUCGGCUUUCCAGGCUGCCUACAUUGGCAUCGAGGUGCUCAUUGCCUUGGUCUCUGUGCCUGGAAACGUGCUGGUGAUUUGGGCGGUGAAGGUGAACCAGGCACUUCGCGAUGCCACCUUCUAUUUCAUCGUAUCCCUGGCAGUAGCUGAUGUGGCCGUUGGCGCCCUGGUCAUCCCUCUAGCCAUCCUUAUCAACAUUGGGCCACAGACCUACUUCCACACCUGCCUCAUGGUGGCCUGCCCUGUCCUCAUCCUCACCCAGAGCUCCAUCCUGGCUCUGCUGGCUAUUGCUGUGGAUCGUUACCUCCGAGUCAAGAUCCCUCUCCGGUACAAGACAGUGGUGACUCAGCGCCGGGCAGCAGUGGCCAUCGCUGGCUGCUGGAUCCUCUCCCUGGUUGUAGGCCUGACACCCAUGUUCGGCUGGAACAACCUGAGUGUGGUGGAGCAAGCCUGGGCAGCUAACGGCAGCGUGGGGGAGCCGGUGAUCAAGUGUGAGUUCGAGAAGGUCAUCAGCAUGGAGUACAUGGUCUACUUCAACUUCUUCGUCUGGGUGCUGCCGCCGCUGCUCCUCAUGGUCCUCAUCUACCUGGAGGUCUUCUACCUGAUCCGUAAGCAGCUCAACAAAAAGGUGUCGGCCUCCUCGGGUGACCCGCAGAAGUACUACGGGAAGGAGCUGAAGAUUGCCAAGUCUCUGGCCCUCAUCCUCUUCCUCUUCGCCCUCAGCUGGCUGCCACUGCACAUCCUGAACUGCAUCACCCUCUUCUGCCCGACCUGCCAGAAACCCAGCAUCCUCAUCUACAUCGCCAUCUUCCUCACGCACGGCAACUCAGCCAUGAACCCCAUCGUCUACGCCUUCCGCAUCCACAAGUUUCGGGUCACCUUUCUGAAGAUUUGGAACGACCAUUUCCGAUGCCAGCCCAAGCCUGCCAUCGACGACGACCUCCCAGAGGACAAAGCUGAGGACUAGACUCCGCCUUGCUCCCUCCAGCCCACAUCCAGUGGCUCUCUGCUCAUCCCUCGGAUCCCAACCGCUCCACUGCUCUUCCUCAGUUUCCCUAGCUGGGCUGUGUGGGCUGUGGGCACCAGGGAGGCUCUGAAGAGAUGCCAUAGAGCAGAGCCCCUUCUCCAAGGAGCCUGUACCUUGGGGAGCUGGAGGAGGUUUGGAGGUGGGUCAGGCUAUGGCGGGGAGCUGGGUACCCUGAGGUGAGAGGGGUGUGUUGAGUGCCCCUUAUCCGGCUGUUCUACAGUCAAACAGGGGAGCCUGCUGUUAGGUGUUGGUGGCCCAAGGGACCAACUUCAAGGAGAGGAUGAGACCCCCUCAGAGGAUGGCUAGAGAGAAGUGGGUAUGCCCUGGCUUUUCUUUCUCUCCCGUUCUGUAGGAAAGAUAGCAAAGUUCAGGGAAGGAGACCUCAUCCCCACCUCCAAGGAUUUUGUGUUUCUGGCCGUACAGGUACUGUGAUGCCUGCAAUCCUUACCCCGACAAGUCUGGGGUUAUCCUUGGGCGAGGCAGAAGGAAUGGGACCAAGGAUCGUGUCUCACAUUUUCUUUAUUCACAACCCUGGACUGCCUGCCAGGGGGCCUCUAAGCACUGGGGAAUGAGCAUGGUCCAGUAGGUGCUGGCCUCACCUAGCCAGCAGGGGGCAGCACUGAAUCCUUUCGCCCUGAACUUCCUGGGAGCUCCCAAUGUAACUUUUUGUCUUCUGGGCCACCAAAUGUCACCAACUCCCAGAAAGAGACAGGCCUGGACACUCCUGGAUGACACUAUCCCUGCUUCUGGGCCCCAGGAGAAGAGAGCCCUAGAAAGGACAGCCCUUGGGAGCACUCUGCUUGAGUGGGAAGGAGGAGGAAGUCAUCCUAGAGGGUCUCAGGCGACUAUAGGCACUCCUGGUAUGGAGUACAGUAGGCCAGACCAGACCAGAGGAGACGCUCUCUUGAGAGUGUGAGCCAUUGCCUUGCCAUCGUUGAAAUACCCAAAAUGCUCCUGGGGGCGGGGGAUUAAGAUCAAUUUUUAGGGGCUUCAAAAGCUGUGUUAUGAACAGAGUGUAGGCCUUUGUGGGUCUCAGUUAGGACCAAUCCAUACCCUGCUGAGCCCGAAUUUCUUCCUUGUGUGGACAGCAGGCAGGGGGAGGGUGACAGGUUCUGAGUGUGAUUAUUGACCCCAAGUCUUGAUUCCAGGCUCUUCCCUCAGCUGGAGGUAAGGCGUCCCUGGCUCUCAAGGAGGUCCCUAUGUCUAAUAAAAGACUGUGGACCCUUGUGGAGAGUGUGGUGCUGGCACUACCCCAGCACUGGCCGAGGGCAACUAGACCACCUCAGCAGAGAAGAUUGGAUGAGGGGAAAAGCUGGGAGAGGGGUGUGGAGGCAGAUGGGAGAAGGAAGGUUCCGGAGAUGGUGUAUCUGUUGCUAUAGUUACGCAUUUAGGGUAGCAAAUUGUGAAUCAGAAAGCAAGAUCCAGAACAUUCACAUGUCUAAAAAAAUGUCCUGUGCUACCAUGAGACCCUUCCGGCUGGCACCUUCCUCAUGGCAUAGUGUCUGCUCUGCAUAGUAACAUAGUAUCUUCCCAUUCACCGUGACACUACCACAGAAGCCCCAUGCUGGAACACCACACACACAUUUAUUUGACUGCUUCUCACCCAGUGUACAGCUCUGCAGGGGGGGACCAGUCACCGCACCUUUGGGGCACUCUUGUACCCAUGAGGCCUGACCUGAGGCCUGCCAAGCCCACUCCUGGGUCUGGACUCCAGCCUCUGGCGGAGGGAGGCCUGCAGAUACCACAGGCCUCUCCAUUAGCUCUUCCUAUGGAGUCUUGGUCUUGGGUAUCCGUGGAGAGACAUUUGGGGCCUGGAGGCCCGAUCCUCGGUCUGCAGGACCUGGCAGAGAAUGUCCUUCUGAGCCCUGGUAUGUGACCCAGCCUGCCAGAAGAGAAGUUGGGGAGUCAGGUAGAGAGCCGCCGCCACCUUUCUCUGUCCUUCCUCAGGCUCAGUUCUCAAUGCUGAACUCUGCCUAGUGUAGCUCUAGAGACUUCUAGUUCAUCCAGAGCCUCGGAGCCACCAAAUGAAGCAGGUCGGCCAGGGCUGGGUCCCCACUUCUCUGAGGAGGAAAAAGGUGCAAAGAGAAUACCUAUGUUUACAGUCACUCAAAGCCAAGACUAGACCCUGUCCUGUGACCACCCACUGGACCCUUCCCUUCCAGACCUCACCAGCAUGGCCCAGCCCUACACUGUCUUUACCAAACUGAACGUGCAUGCUAGUUGUCUUUAGCUGCGAAAUUGUACCCACAUCUGUCCACUGCCUUCCCUCCCUAGCCCUUCUCCAGUGAAAUUUUGGGCCUAGGAAGUGGGUUCUCUCUUCCCAGUGUCCUCUUUACCCUUGCUCUCACUGGAGGUAGCUGAAGGGGUGGGUCCAUCUGCUCACCUGUCUCCUUGUCCCAGUCUCUUGCCCAUAUUGCUUCUCAGUGUGUGGCGGAGGCUGAAAGAGAUCCUGCAGGUUAGAGCUUGGGGGAGACAGGAGGGAACUGAGAGGUUCGAGGUCAGUGAUCUCCAGUGCCCCAGGCCCCAGCGAGAACAUCUUCCCACUUGGAAAGCCACACAAACUGUCCCUACGCCUUGUCUCCUUCCCACUCCAGUUUUCACUCUAAGCUCCAAAGAGGGACUCUGCCUGUCCCCUCAUGGCCAGGCACUAAGGGGAACCUUUAGACUCCCACCUUUGACCUCCAGUCGGCAAUCCACAGAGGCCUCCCCUAGCACGUUGAUGGCCUUGCAAGUGUAGACUCCAGAAUCAAAGGGGCUGGGCUUCCGGAUCUCCAGGGUGCAGAUCCCUUGCUCAGAAACCGCUCGGUACUUGGGAUCACCCUGGAUGUCCAUCUUGUUUUUCAUCCAGAUGAUCUUGGGCUGGAGGCAAGGUCAGAUGAAGGAUAAUGAAGUGAAAACAUGGGUUGGAACCAGCUCUCAAGAGACAGUUUCAGCCCUCGCUGCCUCUGCCCACCCCACCAGCCCAGGGCCCCUCACCUUAGGUGAUGCUCGGACGCUGCAGAAUAGCUGUGUGCUGUAGCCAGGAGUGGAGAUGUGGUCCGCCAGGGGCUGGGUGAACGAGGGGGCUUCCGAGAAGUCUCGUUCAACAAACCCCUUAGGUUUGGCAGUCAUAUCUGGGGAGAAUUUGAGGUUAUAGGAAUGGAGGGGGGCUUCAGAAGACUGGCCUCAACCCCAACCCUUGGGAAGCUCAGCCUGGUCAACAACAUGUGGAGACUGUCAGGCGCCAGAGAAAGCCUCGCUGAGUGGAGUUGAGGCAGGUCAGAAGGCGAACGGCGAGGCAUGGGCGGGAAAGCCAGAGCCACAGGGGGGUGAGGUAAGCCGAACAUCACUUUCCAUUUCUGUCUGUCUCUGAGACCUGAGUGGCUUUCCUUUCUUCUAAACACAAAACUCUGAUGGCCGUGCUGCUUGGGCUUCCAGGGUGAGUGAGGUGGCUCAGUGGGUAAGGGUGCCCGCCACCAAACUUGCCACCCUGAGUUCAAUCCCUGGGACCCGGAAGAUAGAGAACGGACGAGUCGUCUUUAGAGUCUCCAUGCGCGUGCACGCGUGCAUGUGAACACACACUCACACACAAAUAAAUGUAAUUAAAAUGAACAAUAA